AUGAGCCUCGGGGUAGUGUCAAGAGACAAUUGUAUCACAAUCAAUGACUUCAAUACCCCCCCACACGUGAAAAAGGCAUACGACACCGUGUGGGGAAAUGGGUUGUGGAAACAACUGUCCAAAUACGGGAUCAAGGGGAAAAUGUGGAGAGUGCUGAAGAAGAUUACAGAGUGUACGAAAAGCGCGGUCAUGCUAGACGGAGAACUGUCUAAAUUCUUCGACAUUGAGCAGGGGGUCCCACAGGGUUGCACGCUGUCCCCAACAUUGUUCCAGGUGUGCAUCAACGAUCUGUUGGAAGUCUUAGAGGCAGUCCGGAAGGGAGUAAAAGUAGGGGACACGGAAACGUCGGUUUCAGGAAUGCUGUUUGCGGAUGAUUUUGUCGGUAUGUCGGACACCCGUGAGGGACUGCAACUGCAAAUUGACGCGGCGAAGAAGUUUACUGAUAAGUGGAGAUUGUCUGCCAACGUUCAGAAGAGUGCCGUCAUGGUAUGCAACGAGAACAAGGAGGAACCAGUAGAACAUAGAUGGAAGUGGGGGAUCGAGGAGAUUGCAGUAGUGGACCAGUACACAUACCUCGGAGUAGAGAUCGCAAAAGACUGCUCGUGGAAUGCACACAUGUCCAAGGUAGCGGAAAAGGGCAAAGCACGAGCAGGGAAGCUGCACCCGAUACUCGCAAACUGGCACCUCGAUACACGCAUCAAAUUGACGGUUUUGAAGAGCGUAAUCGUACCGCCGCUAGAGUACGCCGGAGAAGUAUGGGAAGGAAAUAAGAAGGUAGUG